UCAACAUAAAAUAUAUUAUGAAAUAGAUUAAUUGAUUUAGGAAAAUGAAUCAGAAAAUGCAUCGUCAGUUGCAAGUAUGGUUUGAGAAUGUACAAAAUGGAUUAAUGCCAGCAAUAACUUUUUAAAUAUCUAUACAGGAUGAUGAUGAAGACAGGAAGAGUCGUGAGCUGCUGUGUAGCUCUGUUCCUUGCCCUGACCUCAGUGUCGGCUGUACAGAAAGAGCUCGAUUCAAUCAACGAUUUAAAGGAAAUCAACUUUGGUCAAUCUGUGCCCAAACACAGUCUUUUGCUGCUCUGGUUUGCCAACGCAGUGGACAUCGACAGGAACAACAUCAUGAGGCUGACCUUUGACCCAGAGAGUAGAGCUUAUGGCUCACAUCAUUAUGGCAACUACGAGGGACUGUUGGACGACUUGUCUUGGGGAAAUGUCGGAUACCAGUACUACACACUUGGCAGUCUCAAUCAAGAAAGUUCCAUGCAACUUCCUCCUUAUGUUGUCCGUCCCCCAACAACAGGGUAUGAGGGCAAUAACAGGGACAGGAUCAUAAUUCGUAUAAGGAGGCCGAAAACAGGACAGCGAGUUCCUCAGAUGAUAGACCAAGUUUAUAUCACACAGCAUCUAAACAAUCAGCGGGAAUAUGACCAGUAUCAUACCUACAGGAUCACAACUGACCUCCUGAGACAGAUCAGAGAGUUUUCUGUGGGACAAAACCAACAGCAACCGCUUUGGAAGCAACGCGGGUGAUUCCUGGUUAAGGGACACCAGAAACACAUGGGCUCCUAACCUUGCUGGCCUUGAACUGCUGUUAUAUAUUGUGAUGGAGGAAAGGUACUCCUCUAACCAACCCAACAACAGACAAAAUCAUUUGGAUAAUUGGGCUUUGAUUCUUUUUUGUAUCUUUAUUGUUGCAUGCAUCAUUAUAUUUGGGAACGUAAAUCAAAAGUAAAGGGAAGUAAUGAGAGUGCUUCUCAAGAGCGAUGAGGAUAACUAAGCUCUGUUGUUCUCUAGUGUUGUACACUUUGUUUGACGUUCUUAUUUCUUAUAUUAGGGUGUACUAUUUGUUGUAGUUGUAGUUGUAAAUUCAGUUAGGACAGAAUGACAUGCUUGUGAUAAAAGUGCAAAAGUCAGUAAGAAGUGUUGAGAGUUUUCAGUCCUACCAAGUUGUUCCACUUUAUUUCAGACUUAGUGAUCAUCUUCCUCAACAAGCGAUAAGGAGGUAACCUGUUGCUUGAGCUGAAACCCUGCAGACUUUAAACUCUGUGUCACUGUUUGAGACAUCUGCUGUAAAUAACAACAUUUGGAUGAAUAUUACCUGCCUUGAAAAAUUACAAAAACAUGACAACAUUUUCAUUUAUCAUAACAAGAUGGAAGUGUUUCACCAUGAAGAUGGAUAUUUUGAAAUGUGUAGCUCUAUUUACAAAAUGACAGUUUUGUAAUAAAGAAUGUUUUUGCUGUCAUUAGUAUUAAGUAUUGGAACUAGAAAAAAACAGCUGAUUGUACAUUACAAUGCUUCAGGCUUCUUUCAUGCAACAAUGUCCCGCUGUGAUGUGCACAUACGUAUGUUCUUAUAGUCACGCCCUGUUGAUUCAUCCCGUGCGAUGGAGAUGAAGAGAAUGUAAAGUGAACGGUUCUCCAUCUCUAGUCUGCUUUCACUGACGAUACACAAAGGAGUGUAUUUAAUUUAUGGUUUUGUAUUCUUUCUAUCGUGUUGGAUAUUGUUCA